UACAUCCGUGUGUAAACGUGGAUGAAACCCAUCAGGCUUCCCGGGAAGCUGCAGAUGCUGUUAAAACUGGUAAAGUUAUAGUUUUGACUAAAAGAAGUGAUGGAGAAACCCUUUACAGAGAAAGUGACUAUCAACAAUGCAGCAGACAUCACUGUCAUCGCUGGAUAUUUUCUCAUGGUCAUCAGCGUUGGCGUUUGGGCCAUGUUUCGGACCAAUCGUGGGACGGUGGGGGGAUAUUUUCUGGCAGGACGCUCCAUGGCUUGGUGGUCGGUCGGUGCCUCCCUGUUUGCCAGUAAUAUUGGGAGUGGUCACUUUGUGGGCCUGGCAGGAACAGGGGCAGCAGGGGGCAUCGCUGUGGGAGGCUUCGAGUGGAAUGCUCUGUUCAUCGUGCUGCUACUGGGCUGGCUGUUUGUACCCGUCUACCUCACAGCCGGGGUGAUCACGAUGCCGCAGUACCUGAAGAAGAGGUUCGGCGGGACCAGGAUCAGCCUCUACCUGUCCAUUAUCUCUCUGUUCCUCUACAUUUUCACCAAGAUCUCAGUGGAUAUGUUUUCUGGAGCCGUCUUUAUCCAGCAGGCGUUAGGCUGGAAUAUCUACGUGUCUGUCAUUGCCCUUCUGUUGAUCACAGCCUUGUACACGGUCACAGGUGGCCUUGCAGCUUUAAUGUACACGGACACUUUUCAGACGUUUGUCAUCAUCGCUGGGGCCUGCGUCCUUACCGGUUUCUCCUUUGCUGAAAUCGGAGGCUACAGCGCCCUGCUUACCAAAUACAGCUCUGCCAUACCAAGUAAUUUCUCCUCCUUGGACACCCAGCGCUAUAACAUCUCCUCCCAGUGUUACACCCCAAGACAGGACGCCUUCAGCCUGCUGAGAGACUCGACGGCAGGGGACCUUCCCUGGCCCGGCGUGGUGUUUGGGAUGACAAUAGGAGGGAUCUGGUACUGGUGCUCUGAUCAGGUGAUUGUCCAGAGGUGCCUUGCAGCUCGAAGUCUUACCCAUGUGAAGGCUGGCUGCAUCGUGUGUGGCUACCUCAAGCUGCUUCCUAUGUUCCUCAUGGUGUUCCCCGGCAUGAUCAGCAGGAUCCUCUACCCAGAUGAUGUCGGCUGUGUGGUCCCUGAGAUCUGUAAGCAGGUUUGUGGGACCGAAGUGGGCUGCUCUAACAUUGCUUACCCUAAGCUGGUGGUUACAAUCAUGCCCAGUGGUCUGCGGGGCCUGAUGCUGGCCGUGAUGCUGGCUGCUCUCAUGUCUUCUUUGGCCUCCAUCUUUAACAGCAGCAGCACGCUGUUCACCAUGGACAUCUGGACCCGCAUCAGACCACUGGCCAACGAAAGAGAGCUCAUUGUUGUAGGCCGUGUCUGGGUUCUGUGUAUCGUGGUCAUCAGCAUCUGCUGGAUCCCUGUUGUUCAGGCAGCCCAGAGUGGUCAACUGUUUGACUACAUCCAGUCAGUCUCCAGCUAUCUGUCUCCACCCAUUGCCUCGGUUUUUCUGCUGGCUGUGUUUGUCAAGAGGGUCAACGAAAUGGGAGCUUUUUGGGGCCUGAUUGGUGGUCUGGCAAUGGGUCUGUGUCGGAUGUUGCUUGAAUUCUGGUUUGGUACUGGCAGCUGUAUUUUCCCCUCUCAGUGUCCCUUCCUGAUCUGUGGCAUCCACUACUUACACUUCGCCAUCAUCCUCUUUUCCUGCACAUCGGUGCUGGUGUUGCUCGUCAGUUUCUGCACAGAGCCCAUCGAAGAUAAACAUCUCUAUCGUCUGGUGUUCAGUCUUCGUCACUCUAAAGAGGAGAGGAAAGAUCUGGACUGGGAGCAGCAAGAAAGAACUAGAACAGCCCGUAAGGAGGCCGAGGAGAAGAUGAGAGAGAAGGCUAAUGCAGUUACAGAAGCUGAGGGUGAUAAAAAGUCUGGAAUCUGUCGCCUGGUUGGUGGAUUCUGUGGACUGAGUGGAGACCAGCAGACUCAGGAUGAAGGAGCAGCUGAGGACUCAGAGCCACAGAUGCCAGACAUCAGUGAGGAGCCAGUGUGGAAGUACACUGUGGAUUCUAACGCUCUCGUGAUGAUGGCCGUGGCAGUUUUUAUGUGGGGAUACUUUGCUUGACUGAAUCCGUUUGUUCCCAGCUGAGAAAAUGAUGUGCUGUUGUGUGAUCCAAUUCACUUUACUCGUUUUAGCAUUAGUCAGUCUCCAAAGGACUGUGAUAUCUCAAAUAAAACAGCCAUCUGCUGA